GUUCAACCCGUAAAAACAAAAGGACCGGGCCAGUCUCGAUCCAUCUCGGUCACUGGUUCUGUAAUCAGUCAUCUUCUCAAACUCACUUGCAUUUUCUUCAAGUUUUCGCGGCACAAGAGUCGCCGAUUCAUUCACCGCUCGAACUUCUCAAGCUGGUGCGACGUCGUAUUUGGUUCAAUGUCUAUUUUUAAUUUUUAAUAGUAAUACGAAAGUGAGUAAAGAUAUGGCGAUCGUUAACUUAUAUCUCAGGAAUUUGAGUUGUUGCAGUAGCAGAUUAAAUUCAAUGCCAUCUUUCCUUUAUUUCCCUCGAAAUUUCUCUCUUUGGUCAAUGAAGAAAGACCCUGAUCUUGAAUUGGCCCUGUCACGGAAUCGUCGAUGGAUAGUUAAUAAUCAGAUAAAGAACAUAAUACUUAGAUAUCCAAACCAGGUUACAACAGUUAAAAAUCUUCAGAAGAAGUUCAAGACUCUUGAUCUUCAAGGGAAAGCUCUGAAUUGGCUUAGGAAAUACCCUUGUUGCUUUGAGGUGUAUUUGGAGAAUGAUGAGUACUAUUGUCGAUUAACAAAGCGAAUGAUGAAUUUGGUCGAAGAGGAGGAGUGUGUGAAAGGCAUGCAGGAACCGAUAUUUGUGGAUCGGUUGGUGAAAUUGUUAAUGAUGAGCAGGAACCAGAGGCUUAAUGUUGUGAAAUUGAAUGAGCUUAAGAGAAAUUUUGGCUUUCCAGAUGAUUAUAUUAUUAGGAUUCUACCUAAGUACACAGAUAUAUUCCGACUUGUUAAUUACACUGGGAGAAAGAGUUCAAUGGAGAUUGAACUUGUUUCGUGGAAACCUGAGUUAGCAGUUUCAGCAGUUGAAGCCUCAGCUCAAAAGCAGAGUUCUGAUUCUAGUUUUUCUUGCUGUUUGCCUUCAACUUGGGUUAAAUCACGGGAAAGAUUUCUUGAAUUCAAUUCAACUCCUUAUAUCUCUCCUUAUUCUGACCCUCGAGGUUUACAAGAGGGAUCGAAGGAAAUGGAGAAGAGGAUAGUGGGUUUAGUGCAUGAGUUGUUAUCUUUGACCUUAUGGAAGAAAAUGUCAAUUGUGAAGCUUGGUCAUUUUAAGAGAGAGUUUGGUUUACCUGAGAAAUUGAACGUUUUGCUGCUAAAGCACCCUGGCAUAUUCUACGUUUCAAAUAAGUAUCAGAUAUAUACUGUUCUUCUUAGAGAAGCAUAUAAUGGGCCAGAACUGGUAGAGAAGGAUCCACUUGUUCUUGUGAAGGAUAAAUUUGGGGAGUUGAUGCAGGAGGGACUUCACGAAUAUAACCGGAGGCACCAUUUAGUGAAUUUAGAAAAGAAGAGGAAGAGAGGCAUGGUUCCAGUAAGAUCAGAAGAAAUGAAGAAUGCAAAAUCUGAAAUUUCUGAACAAGAUGAUAGUGGCGAUAAGCUGGGAGGUCUAUUUGAUCCUGAAGAAAGAAAACGAUUCUAUAAAGUUCUUUUUGAUGAUGGUCCCCCAUAAUUUGAAAAAUGGUAUAUAUUUUUGUUUUCAGUCUGUUUAGUUUUGUGUUCAAAUCUUCACAGUUAACAGAGCUCAAUAUCAUUUCAUUCAUAUCUGUUAAGAUAUCAGUUUUAGAUGCUGCACUAUGUAUGUUGAUAUAAACCGAGUUUAAGAUCCCUGCAUUUUGCACUUCUGACAUUAGAUGUGGCAGAGACAAUUUUUUUUUGAAUUAUUUUUUUCUGGGAUGUAAGAGGUAGACAUCAAAAUGAUAAGCUGGGGUCUCGGUUUCAUUUAUAGCUGAAGGAACCUACUAAGUCUUUAGAGUGCAAAUGUUAUGAGCCUGGUGAUGAUUCUAUGUACUGGGGAAAACUCUAUUGGCCCUUUUCAUCAAUCACUUUCCAAAGUUUUUAUAUUGUGAUAGAGCCUGGCUGAUUUCACUUCAUUAUAACAAUUUCUGUAUUUGGCUCUUUGAAGCUCUAUGUUACAUGUUUGUGAAGUUGAACUCGGGCUUCGUUCACGUUAAUGAUCACAAAACAGAGACUUAUGACAGCUGCAAACUUAACGGGCACUAAAGUAUUCCACUGCAAUAAUUUGAGUUCUGUAGUUCUUCAAAGAGUGCCCUCUAAAGUUUUGGGAGCAUGUACUAUAAUCGUUUCUGUCUAAAUGGUGGAUCAAUUGCACACAGAUGCUGAGUGAAUUUUAAGGGGAUACAUUCCUGAGAAGUGGAGGUAGGACCAAUGACUUCAUGGUGGCAGAUUUUUAAGGUUUUAAUUUUAAUUGCUUUUCUCAGGACAUAUUUGAUUUUUAAGUUUUGGCCGGCAUUUUUAACACUUUUUGCAUAACAUCAAAUCCUGUAGAAAUGGUGCCACACAAUGGAAAUAUGUAGUAGCUGGUAUUUCAGCUGUAGUUCCUGUACCUGAACUCUUUUAAGUUUGAUAUUUCAUUUUAAUGUUGCAGCCCUAUAAAAAUUCGACACACCUUCCCAUUGUUUUACUUGUGUUAUUUUUCUUUCCUGUUGCCCUGUAUCAUUUCAUCAACUGUCAGUGUUGUGCUUUAGUUGUCUCUUUUACCUUUUCAGAAAGUUAAUCUAGUAGAAAACUAGAGAAGCAAUACAAAUGAUAAACCACACAGAGUUUUGCAAAUGCUUUUGUUAUAAAUUUUCAUUAGAUUUGGAGAGGGGAAAAUUGGUCUCUUUUAGUGUAUGGUUUUAGAUAUAUUAUGUUAGAAACUUUGCUACUUGUUACAGGCAUUUGUUAAAAGAGGAUUAAGGUGAAAGAAAGUGGGCACAAGCACCGUGGCCAGUACUUUAACUACUUGUCCUUUAUCGGUGAAUGUGUAAGACUUCUCUCCAUCAUAUAUAAGGUUCAUUUAGAUUGUUUUGCCUCAUUAGCUGAAUCCAGAAUUGUGAUUUGCAUGUUGCUCCAAAAUUGAAGGUCGGUUAGUGUACCCAGUUUUGUCUCUGAUGCUGUUUCUCGGUGAUGUGAAAGCUGACGAUGCUUAAUCGGCUGUUGCAGUUGGAUAUCUUGGCUUCAAAUGUCUCCACUGUACUCCUCUAUUUGAAGCACGCAUGUGGCUCGCUUUGAAGUUGUUCUUCUGCAUUGGUAAAAUGUUAUGUUUACAAGGAUUUUAUUAGUGGAAAGGAUCGAUUUGGUUCUGAUCGAGUUGUUUUGAGCAAGCAUGAGUGUAUGCAAAAUGAACUUCAAUCAAUAAAAUUUAGUGAUUCUUUGUUAAAGACUG